GCGAUGGGGUAGCAGCAAACUCACAGAUGAAAGGGAAAUGGGCCUGGUCCGUGCGUCGGAGCUCCACUUGACGCCGCGCCGGCUUCCGCGCCUGUCGGCUUCAGCCCCCGCCCGCCAGCUCUCGAGUCUUGCUAGCAGUAGCUUCGGGGCCAGAGGCUGCGCGGGGAGGCAGCACCCUCGCCCCGGUGAUUGGCCGCGUCGCGCGUCUUGUCACGCUCUUUUGUCUCAACUGGCAGAGACUGAAAGCAACCGCGACUGCCCCGAGUUCCGAACUGGAGGGUGGGCGCAGCCGUGGCUGCCUUGGGAACCGCGCUGCCUCGACUCGGCUACCUGUCACUGGGCGGUCGUGCGGAACAUUCUCUGGGCCGGGCAGCCCCGGGUCGUUUAUCGGCCCAGGAGGCCCCAGCGAUCCUGUUCCCCAGCAGAGCUACGGGGACCGGAAGGCGAAACAGAGCUGUCCACGCGGGAGCAUAAGCUGCCCAACAAUGGAGCGCAGGUAAAGAAAGAGCGCGCGAUUGCCCGGCGCGGAGAGGCGUGGGGGAAGCCCCUCCAGGACUGGGCGGCGCCGGGCUUGGAGAAUCAGUAACUGCGAGGUAGGGGAUGGAGCACUCCCACGGCCUGGUUGCGCUGAGGAAGGAGUUGUGGUUCAUCUGGAUGCUACCGACUGGGUAGGAUUUAGGAUUUGCCUGGACUGAAGUGGGCGGGAGUGUUGUUGGGCGGGAGGGCAGGUGUUCCGGGAGGUGGCAAGGGGCGGGAGGAGAAGAUCGCAAGCUGUCUUGAACCCCUUUUGCAUCUCCUUAUCUCUUCCUGGGAAGAAAUAUGGGGGUGGGAGGUUAUCCAACUUCUAGUCCCUUUCUCCCUGGCAGGUCAUCAAAGCCAAAUCCGAACUUGAGUUCUGUGCGGCGGAUUGCAGAGCUGUCUUGAGGCCCUGAGGAUUGGGAUCUGCGACCCCCAGUGGACAAAAGUCGACUCUACCCCAGAGGCUAAUUUUCUCACGGCAGGCACCUGUUGAGAGGCUGCAAGUAAAAUAAAGGCGAACGCUAGUUUCCGAGUUCAUGUAAGAAUCAGAGAAAUAACGGGGAUAAACUUUGACAAAGGGGUGUGAUUGAGACCUGAGGUCAUGAGAUUAAUGGGUUCUUAUUACCUCGUGCGGGGGGAGGUAAUAAAGGGGAGGGGCAGGUGGCCCGUGGCGUCCUGACGAUUUUUCAUGCUUCCUUUUUCCGAGAACUAAACAUUGUCAACUCUAAUAUAUCUAUAGCUCAACUUGCUUCAAGGACAGCAAUGAUUUUCAUUUAAUAAUUUUCCAUUUAAUCCCUUUACUACAUGGUCAUUUCUGUCUCUUAUAUUCCUAGGUUUCCCUUUAUAAGGAUUAGUCAGAUCAACAUUCUGUCUCUAACAAUGUCCGUUAGCUUUUUCACUCUCAUUAUACCGAGAUAAUUUAAUGGAAUAAACCAGAUUUUAUAUAUAUAUAUAUAUAUAUAUAUAUACAUUUAUAUAUAUAUUUAUAUAUGUGUGUGUGUGUGUAUGUGUGUGUGUGUGCGCGCGUAUAUGUGUGUAUAAAAUUACCCAACAUUCAAGUAGUCUUGAAAAAAGAUGGGUAGGAGUUACCUUAUUUCCCUUCAUAAGUCACCAGUGUUUUCUUAACAUAAUGGAAGAGGCAGGAGAUAUUCCCACCUACAACUCAGGAUUUCUAUGUCCUAUGGGUUCAGUUGUGUCUCCCAACCCCCCAAAAAAACACCAAAUACAUUCUAUUGGACUCCUGACCCCUCAUCUCUCUCCUACUUGAAGAUGGAUUCUUUACUGGGAUACUGAAGUUAAAUUACAUUCAUUAGGGUGGGCUCUAACCCGAAACGGCUAGCAUGCAUUGUGCCUAUCAAAAGGGGAAAUUCAGACAAAGAAACAUGCAUACAGGGAAGAAAAUGUGAAGUAGCAUACAGAGAAGUGGGCCAUCUACAAGCUGAGGAAAAAUCCAUGGAAAAGAUCCUUCCCUCUCACUACUCAGAAGGAAACAAUCCGGCUGAUGCUCUGAUCUGGACUUCCAGCCUCCAGAACUGUGAACAAUUAAUGUCUACUGUUUAAGCCACCCAGGUCUGUGGUACAUUGUCAGGCUAACAGAGCAAACUUAAUAGGGAUUCUGUUGCCAAGCAGAUCUGAUAGCUAACACCUGAAAGAGUGGAAGCAGCUUUGGAACUAGAUAAUGGAUACAGACUGGAAGCAUUUUGACAUGCAUGGCAGAAGAAGCCUAGAGGGCCUUUAGGAGACAGCUGGGGGAAAUAUGGACACCAAAUGCCAUUCAAGUGAGGGUUAAGAGAAGAAUUCUUCGCUGCAGAGAAAGGAUCUCUGACUUAGAGAAUACAUAUAUCAUGAUCACCGAUAUGUUGCUAGAACUAUGAGUGUUAAAGGUGCUUGUGGUGAGUUAUCAGACGGAAACUAGGAAGAUGUUACUGGAAGCUUGAGGAAAGGCAAUCCUAGUUUUACAGUGGCAAAGGAUUGGUCUUUAUUGUUUUCUUAGCGUUUUUGAGGAAAGUAAAAAUUGUAAGUGAUGAACUUUCACAUGCAGCUGAUUUCUAGUGUUGGGGCUUAGAGCACAAUACCCCAAAAUAAAGGCCCCAGAAGUAGUCUCAGAUGAAAAAGAUGUUCCUGAGGUCCUAGGUCCCCCUGUCUCUCAGCCCCAUUCUUCCCGGAGAGCCAACUGUAACAGACCAGAAUCCCUCCUCCCCAAGGUGGGUCCUAGAAACCAGAAGCCUUUUUUUCUAAAGAUAGUAACAAAGCCUAAAAAUACUUUCCUCCACCUUUUUUGGGUAAAACUGGCCAUGAAGAAAUGAUCUGACCUACCUUGUCUGACUGCAGGUCACAAGACCCCAUUACAGAGAGGGUCCUGCCUUAUACCCAGGAGGAAGAAAUGUGUGUUCACCAAAGCCAAGCACAGUCUAGACAAACAAGCCCUGCCAGAUUAGCAUUAGGUCAUAGCCUUUUUGUACCAUCAUAUUUCUACAGGGCUGCCCAUACUUUGCUGAACCUGAGCAUAUAAAUAGACAAUUUACCCUGUACCUUUCUGCCUUUGUUCCAAAGGCUGCAGUGUAUAUAUGUUAAAUAAAUUCAUACGGUUUUGUUUU